AUGGGCUCCAACCAUGCGGGGCUCACUGAGCUCCCCGAGGGGAUCUUCUCUCUACUAGAUACCGAUCUCUACAAGCUGACAAUGCAAUGCGCCAUUCUCAAGUACCUUCCUGACGUUCGGGUCACAUACGCCUUCACGAAUAGGACUUCGGACAUGCGACUGAACAGGGAGGCCUAUCAUUGGAUCGAGGAACAGGUCAAGAAACUAGGAAACAUCGCACUCUCUCCAGAGGAGCUUCAGUACCUGAAGGGUACUUGCACCUACUUCAACGACUCCUACCUACGCUUCCUCACCACCUUCCGCUUACAGCCUUCUGAACAAGUCAAAGUCUUGUUCAAACCUCUCAAAGAUACUGGCAGCGCACAUGACCUGGGAGACAUACAUUUUGACAUUGGGGGCUUAUGGUUGCACACAAUACUCUAUGAAAUUCCGCUGCUUGCUCUCACAAGCGAGGCAUACUUCCGCUUCUGCGACAAAGACUGGAGUCAUACGGGGCAAGAACAAAGAGCGUACACCAAGGGCAUCAAGCUGAUGGAAAAUGGCUGCAUGUUUUCGGAAUUUGGCACACGACGAAGAAGAGAUUACCACACUCACGACCUGGUAAUGCAAGGAUUGACGAGGGCGGCCAAUACUGCGUCAGAGCGAGGAUGGAAGGGCAAGUUGAGUGGGACGAGCAAUGUUCAUUUCGCUAUGAGAUACGGUGUCCCUCCAGUUGGCACUGUCGCCCACGAGUGGUUCAUGGGCAUAGCAUCCAUAACCGAUGAUUACGAACACGCCAAUGAGACUGCCUUGAGAUACUGGGUCGGCUGCUUCGGCGAAGGUGUUUUGGGCAUAGCACUGACGGACACCUUCGGCACGCCUACCUUUCUCAAAGCUUUCAAAAAGUCUUUACCAACAGUAGCCGAAGCGGAAGUCGAUACUGUUGACACUCAAUUGCCGUCAGCGCCGCUUCCGGCUAUUUCUGCUACUCAAACCGUGGUCGACACCAAGCCUUCUGGGGACCAGCCUCCACAUCUUCAUGUGACGAACGUGGACCCACCACGCUCGUACGCUCAGACUUUCACAGGGGUCCGCCAAGACUCUGGGAAUCCUCUGGAGUUCGUCAAGAUGAUGCGGGAUUUCUAUGAUAGUGAAGGUAUCACGGACAAGAAGACCAUAGUGUUCUCGGAUUCCCUGAACAUCGAGCUGUGUCUUGAGUACAUGCAGGCCGCAGAAGAGGCUGGCUUCAUUCCUACUUUUGGCAUCGGGACUUUCUUGACAAAUGACUUUAAUCAUCUUUCCACCGGUACAAAGUCCGCACCUCUCAACAUCGUCAUCAAGAUCUCCUCUGCCUCCGGCCGUCCUGCGAUCAAAAUCAGCGAUAAUGUUGGAAAGAACACCGGCGAUUCAGAUACCGUAAACAAGGUCAAGGAGACUCUAGGCUAUGUGGAGAGAAAAUGGGCUGCUGGUGACGAGAAGACACGGUGGGGAGUCGAGGGUCAGGAAGCAACAACGGCUAACGUGCAGGAAUGA